GCGUGCGGCUUGUCCCCUCCGAGCAGGAACUCGAUGCAGCCCAACUGAAGGCGGGCCGGGGGAGCCGAAAGAAGGAAAGACCCCAAAAGAAGGAAAGAGUCCGGAGCGCAGGCCGGGGGUCGCGCCAUGGCGCUGCCGCGGUAGCGCCGGCACCYGCCAUGGGGAACGCGGGGCGGAGCGGUGSCAACUCCCGAACCCGGCGAGGCGUGACGCGCCCUCUCCCCGCCCCCGGGCCGCGAAGGAAGCGGGGACWCGGCGGCUCGGGGCGUUGUUGCCCGUGCGGGCCGGCGGCGGGUAAUGGAGUCUCAUAGCUCUGACAGCCUUCGUAAGAGUAAAUCACCAGAUUCUGAAAGUGAAGACGAGAUUGAGUUUGUUGGAGAAGAACCUUUAAGACCUGUCCUUGAAUGCAUUGAUCUUGUCAGCAGUGAGGAUGAAGAACCUAACAGCAGUUCUUAUUUUCAUAGAAAUACUAAGCGUAAGGAUCACAUUGACUAUCAGAAAGAACGAGUUGCAUCAACCCUGGAUCGUCUGGCACGCCAUGUUGAAGUAGAGAAACAGCAAAAAGAAGAGAAAAACAAAGCCUUUAAGGAGAAGCUUGAUUCCCAGUAUGCUCAUGGGUUGCAAGAGUUAGAAUUUAUUCGGGAACACAGUGAUACAGAAGCUGCAAGGUUAUGUGUGGACCAGUGGUUAAAAAUGCCAGGUCUGAAACCAGGCUCUGUUAACGGUGGAAGAAGGAGUGUUUGUAAGAGGGCAGGUCAGACUCGAGUCAACAGCAGUCCCAAAUGUUGUCCUGUGAUGCAUUGCAACAGACAGUUUGAUAAUGUGCAUCUUCUUCUAGGUCACCUUCAAAGGUUUGAUCAUUCACCUUGUGAUCCAACAGUUACAUUACAUGGACCCCCACAUAAUGCUGUUGCCUGUGUGAUAUGCUGUGAAAGGUUUUCUACUUCUCAGCAGUACAAUGAUCAUCUUUUAUCUAAGCUAAAAGAAAAUGAUGGGCAUAAGGAAGGUAUUCCUCCACAGCAUAUUCCRUGUUUCGCAUGCCCAAACUGCUUCCUCCUUUUCACCAAAAGAGAAGAGUGUUUGCAGCAUAUGUCACAAAAGAACCACUUCCUCCAGGUUUCUGAACCGAAUGAUGCAGUGAAGUCUGGCYAUCCGCUACCUUUUCCAUCCUUUGCAAAGAACCUCUUGAUAUCKCUGUGCAAAGAGGUCCCCUUCCAAGUGAAAUGUAUGUCCUGCUUCAAGAUACUGCGCUCACAUAUGGAAUUGACGGCUCAUUUCAGAACACGUUGUCAUAAUUCUGGGCCUAUGGCACUGUCAAAGAAAAGCAUCUCCCAAGUKGCAGAGAUAUUUAAAACAAAAGGUCACUGUGAGAACUGUGAUAAACUGUUUGCUGAUAAGAAUCAGAUGACCCAACAUAAACAAACGACUCAACAUAGCAUUAGAGUUUUUACUACACUGGAAGAGUCCGUCUUCAUGUUCUGCCAUGUCAAUGGAAAACAUAAAAAUCAGUCUMAUUUGUGCCACGUUGUGGAUCGGUCAAGACCUCUGCUUAAAAGACAUUUGAGUCCAAGCGAGUCCACCAGUGAAAUGAGUCCUUCAAAACGCAAGAGUGAUUUAAAAGAUAAAACUGAAGAUGAAAUAGCAAACCAAAGUCAUGGUAGUGGUUGCAAAGUAAAAGCCUGGUUUUGUGAAUGCCUUCAAAAGUUUUUUACAGAAGAGUCAGUAGAAAAGCACAUUUUAUCAGCAAAUAGGAUCUGUCACAAGUGUGCUGUGUGUGGAAAGCUGGCUGAGAAUUCAAGCAUUAUCCGCUUGCAUAUGAGUCGAUUCCAUGGAGGAGCACACUUGACUAAUUUUCUUCUCUGGUGCAGAGCAUGCUCUGUAGAUCUUAGAGAAGAGGAUAUUAUGARACACAUAACUGAAUUUCAUGGUGGACAUAGUUACUACUAUGAGCAAGAAGCUGUAGCAGAUGAACCUUUGCCAUCCAUUUCCAAUGAAGUGAACAUUUCUGAAGGUGAAGAUAAAGACUGCAUUUCCAGCUCUGUGGAACUCUCCUCUGAAAAUGGUCCUGUUGUGGGGAAAUGGCAGUGCCGCAUUUGUGAGGAGAUGUUUGAGUCUGAAGAGAGUGUUAAACAACAUUGCAUGUCCUUAGAAAGCCACGCAUUUCACAGRUACUCAUGUAGCUUAUGUAGAAAUCAUUUUCGGAAAGUGGGAACGUUACAGCGGCACUUCCAAGAGCAUCAUAAUCAGGAGGUACGGACUGAAUAUUUCUGUGGCCUUUGUGGUAAUCUCUUCUUCAACACAGAGGAAGAAUUUCUAACCCAUUACAAGGCGAUUCAUAGCAUAGAYUAUACAUUUGUGCCUGAGCAUUUGGAACAAUCAAUAAAAAAAGAUGAGGACUUCCUCCCAGUCGAACAAGGAGACCGUUUAACCUGUGGCUGCUGGACAACUUACGUCUCCAAAAUUAACAGGAGGAACGAUUAUGAGAAUUGUCAGAAAGCCAUGCUGCAAAAAGGUAACUUAUGGUUUCGAUGUUGCUUGUGUUCUGCAACGGCACAGAAUCUUGCUGAUUUGAACAGUCAUCUCAAGAGUCACACAUCAGUGAAACAUAAGGAACAGAUGUAUGUUGUUAGAUGUGCUGCAUGCAACAAAAACUUUGAUGAUCUUCACAGCGCACAUCAGCAUUAUCACGUGAAACACUGCUUCUUGCAGAAACCCGAUCUAUCAAAUCUUGCACCAGAAUCAGAAGACACAGUAUUCAAGUUUGCAGCAAGUGGGGCUUGUGUGGUCAAAAAACCUCACAGGCAACGACCUCAAGCAUCUCCAUCCAAAACUCAGGGCAGACCACAGUUAUCUCCUCUACGGGGCCCAAUAGAGGGAAAGAAAAUAAAAAAUGAGGACUCAGAACACUCUGAAGAAAUUAGUGAGAAUGGUGAACUUCCUGAUCUUGACUACCUGAGUACCAUGACUCACAUUGUGUUGGUGGAUCUGGACAACUGGGGAAGCUUUUUUACACAGCUGCCAGCUAAUCUGAACCAAGGGACUUUUAUCUGGGGUUUUCAAGGAGGAUACAGCAACUGGAAGCCUCCAGUGCAUUGCAAAAUUUACAACUAUCUUAACAGAAUUGGAUGUUUUUUUCUUCAUCCACGUUGCAGUACCAGAAGAGAAGCAGCAGACUUUGCUCUCUGUGUUCAUGCUGGUCGUCUGGAUGAGCACCUGCCCAAGCAAAUUCCUUUCACUGUACUUUCUGGAGACAAAAGCUUCCUGGAGCUGGAAAACCAAUUUAAAAUGACUCAGCGGUCAGCUUGCAUCCUGAAUCCUCACCAGAUUGAAGGAGACAUGAUGUGUGCCUUGCUAAACAGCAUUUCAGAUACCACAAAAGGUAGAAAGUAAACAUUAAACACAAAUUUUCCAGUAACUGAUAGUUCUUUCCAAUAAAAAAAAAAACAGAAAACCUACACUGGUAACAUAAGCUGUUGCUUGGUGCUUCUUGUAUUGUGGUGGUAUUUCAGCGAAUAGUAGAUCAGCAAAUCAUUAUACUUGAGGCAUGUUUUGAAAACACAAAUUAAGCAUUUUUAUCAUUAUAACAAACUCUGUCAUCCCUGUAGUCUUUAUUAUAGCAGGAGACAAAAAUUACAUUUCAGUCUGAAAACUCCAUUCUGGUUAAAGCUGUUUAAAGCAUUCUUGUUUGCAUAUUAAUCAGUUUGUACUCUAAUCUUUUUGUCUCAAUUUAUGCUGUGUCUGAAACAAAUGUGACCCUGCUAAAGCAUCAUUAUUUCUCAAAAUAUUUCUGCCUUUUUUAACUCUGACCUCCUGGCUACUUGGUAUCAUUUGGUAAUUGUCUUCAUUGGCACAUGACUCACACAUCCAUUUGGUGAAAAAAUCUCAGUGGAAGUUUUUAAGACCUCUCAAGUGCCAGA